GACGUGCAUCACGGACGCCUGGCAUUUGUGUCGUUUGAUGGAUGUACACACGUCAUAUGUAUCUAGUGACCUCUGUAAUGCGACUGUCCCACGUUCUAGGGAGGUAUCCUCGGGGGCUUUCUUUUAAAAAAACUUCGCAUGAACGGACAUUGCAAAGACCAUACAACUAUGGGAUUCUUGCCAUUUUCUUUUUAAAUUUGCUUUGGGACAGACGUGGACAAUGUGGCACUGCCCUCAAAUUAGUAACUUGUUUUAACAAUUUAAUUCUAAACAUUCUGGCUAUUCACACACAGCACUGUACUACCAUCCUCGCACCCUAAAAGCGUCGACGAAAAUGAACCCUUUCAAAUUCGAUUGUCUUCGCAUAUUUUGCUUUCGUUCUGCAGAAUUUUGGAAAGACAGACGGAUGCAGUCUGCGGGGAAACCGCCAGAUGGCGGUUGGGGAUGGAUGGUGGUGUUUGGUACGUUCCUCGUACACGUCAUGGCUAUAGGAUCGUACAGGUCCCUCGGGGUGUUCUACGUGGAGUUCCGAGAGGUUUUCCACGAAAGCGCGGGAAACACGUCCUUCAUCAGUUCUGUCUUCAUAGCUACCAUACUGAUGUGCUCCCCUAUCGCCAGUGCCCUAAGCAACCUGACCAGCUGCCGUACCGUCGUCAUCGCAGGGGGCGUCAUUUCUGCCGUGGGACUCGGCGUCAGCUACUUCGCACGAAACAUCGUACACCUGAUCAUCACCGUUGGACUGAUAACAGGAUUUGGAAAUUCUUUGAUGUACUCACCAAGUCUGGCGAUGGUCGGAAAAUACUUCGACAAGCGGCACGCCACAGCCAAUGGGAUAGCGAUCAGCGGGACCGGAGUCAGCAUGUUCGUCCUCUCGCCGCUCUUCCAGUUCCUUAUUGACGAGUACAGCUGGAAUGGCGCCCUCCUGAUUUUCGCUGCCAUUACCCUAAACGGCUGCGUCUGUGGCGCCUUGCUUAGACCAACACAUUUUAAAGGCGCAGGUGAAGCCGUAGAAGCUGAAAAUGAAAACGAGGAGGUCACCGUUUCAUCGAAAACGUGCAAAACCAUUAUUCCAUUCUGUCAAAACGUUUUGGAAACGUUUGACGUGACUUUAUUGAAAAGCCGAUCUUUUCUUGUCUACAGUCUGUCCUUGUUCGGAUUAACGUUAGGAAAUGCUAUGAUUUUCGUACACCUUGUAGCGCACGCUCAAGCUUUGGGAGUAGAGAAAACGCAAGCCGCAUUCCUCCCGUCCAUUCUGGGUAUCGUCGAAGCCGUCGCAAGACCAAUAAACGGUUGGCUGUCAGACAGGCUACCCGUCAGAAAACUGUACUUUUACAUGGUGGGUUGUGUCGGGUUGGGAAUAUGCAAUAUCGCCAUACCACACUCGCAGACAUACGCGGCCCUCGUGGCGUGCAUGGUGUUCUAUGGGAUUUCUUCUGGCAUCUUCUACCCGCUGAUCGCGGUCCUUGUACGGAAAUAUAGCGGCGUUUCCAGGAUUUCCGGCGGACUGGGGUGGGCGUUCGUCUUCCAGGGUGCCGCAUAUCUUCUUGGACAACCCAUAGCAGGCUGGCUGUAUGACGCCACUGGAAACUACGACAUGUCCUUCUAUGCAGCUGCGACCUUCAUCUUCGUCUCCGUGGUCGUUCUCCUCCUCCUCGUCCCGAAGAAAGGGAAGAGCUGGGCGCUGGAGUCCGGCAAGCCUGCCCCUGACGUCCCACAUGACGAGUGUGACGGGGUGGUGGGACUUCAAGUCAGGCAACUACCUGACGUUACUGUCACUACAGAAGAGCAAAAUAAGACCGCUCACGAAUCCAAUUGCGCAUGCACAAGUCAAAGGUAAAGUCCAUUGACCUGUAAACA